UACGCUCUGGAGAAGCUAGCUAGCGCCUAUCUCCACGCAGAAGAAGAUCCGCGGCGCUCGUAGAUCUGGUCCAAGGGUCCAGGCGCUCCUGGGGAGCCGCGGAGGCCAGGCGAACCGCAGCUGAGCUGGGGACCCGGGGGCGAGCGCGCGCAGCCCUUCCAGGCGAAACGCAGCGCACAGCGCCCGGGCGGUGCCCAGCAUGGAGUGGGAGCUGAAUCUGCUGCUCUACCUGGCGCUCUUCUUCUUCCUGCUCUUCCUCCUGUUCCUCCUGCUCUUCGUGGUCAUCAAGCAGCUGAAGAACUCGGUGGCCAACACAGCCGGGACGCUGCAGCCCGGGCGCCUGUCACUGCACCGGGAACCGUGGGGUUUCAAUAACGAGCAAGCAGUGUAACCCAGCGCUGAGCUGGUCUCAGCUCCGCGGGGAUUCAGAUCUACAUCAUCCGAACCCAGGCUGGUACCCUUGACUCCGAUCACAGCCCUGCAAAGUUGGACAGUGGCUGGUGGAAAUCUUCUCGAGAAAGGCCAUCCCUUUCAUACAUGGAGGAAGGCACUCUGUGCUCAGAAAUGCUACCUCUCUUCCUGCAACUCCACUGUCAAUCCAGGAAUAUCCUGGGAGAUCGCCACUGGAGCUGCUUCUACUCACAGCCUACGUACUGGCCAGCAGAGGGAGAAGAAACACUUCCCACACCCAGCGCUGUGCAAAAGAACUCUCUGUGAUGUGGAACUGUUCUAUAUCUGUGGUGCCCAAGGCGGCAACCGCUAGUUACAUGUGUCUAGUGCACACUGAAAUAUGGCUGGCGGGGCUUACAUUUUAUUUCGUCCCACCCGAGACAGCCACAUGGAGAUGGUGGCUUUUGUGUGCACUGUUCGUCCCAUUCCCCCGUGUGUGUGUUUUAGAGUCAGAAGGGGAGGAGGUAGCUGCUCGUGUGCUCCACAGACCAUGGGUUUCACUGCUCUUCUUGCAUUGAGUUUGUCUCCUUGAGGAAAAAGAAAAUUAGUAUGUUGGAAACUAAAUUGAAAAUGUUAUUAUCUACCUAUUGCAUGUCUUCUUGUACCAAAUGGAAUAGGUUUUAGUGACACGUGAUCAUGGGAAAAAAUGGCAGGGCUGAUCCACCACAUCCCAUGACCCCAGUCCAUGUUCCUGACAGAGGUCAUUUUUUUUUUUCAAAAAUUUAUUUGUUUCUUAUGUAAAUAGUAUUCUGCCUCUAUGUCUGCCUGCACACCAGAAGAGGGCUCCAGAUCUCAUUACAGGUGGUUGUGAGCCACCAUAUGGUUGCUGGAAAUUGAGCUCAGGACCUCUGGAAGAGCAGCCAGUGCUCUUAACCACGGGACCAUCUCUCCAGCACGGCAGAGGUCAUUUUGUCUUGUGUUGUUUAUUCCAUUUUAGUUUACUUUUUAUUAUCGUAAAUGCCAAAUGAUUAUUUUGUGUAUGUUUUUCAAGAUACCUAAUGGUUUAUAUUUUUUAAAGUUGUGAAAUAAACAUAAUAAUUACAAGUAGCUCAGGUUUUUUGUGUGAUUUUUAGUAACUUGUAAUUAUCCAAACUUGGUUGUCUAAAAUUAGGAUAUGGUUAAUAGAGGAAAAGAGAUAUUGAUUUUUGUAUGAUUUUCCUUUUAACGGACAACCUUA